AUGCUCUGCCUGCUUCCCCAUGGCAUAAAUCAGAGACGAUACCCAGAUAGCUUCAGUUUCGUUGUGGGGCUGGCUUGUAAUGCGAAAGCUUCUUUCCAGUCUGAAGGUUUGUGGAUAUGGACCGGCUACAGAGCCUGCUUAUGCACACCAGAUGUGUCUGUCACACGAGCCUUUGAUGCGCUGACAGGUGUGGCUAAGGGCAUCAACCUCUCCCAGGGGGAGGCUGGCCUCCCCGCCAGCCCCCUGGUCCUGUAUCCGUGGCGACAGCAAGCUGGGCCCAGCAGGGUGAAGAGGGCCUGGGUGAUCCCACCCAUCAGCGUGUCCGAGAACCACAAGCGCAUCCCCCACCUCCUUGUGCAGAUCAAGUCGGAUAAGCAGCUGCCUGGGGGCGUCAUCUACAGCAUCAAGGGGCCGGGCGUGGAUGAGGAACCCCUGGGCAUCUUCUCCAUUGACAAGUUGAGCGGGAAGGUCUUCCUCAACACCAUGCUGGACCGGGAGAAGAACGACCGCUUCCGGUUGAGGGCCUUUGCUCUGGACCUGGGGGGCGCAACCCUGGAAGACCCCACCGACCUGGAGAUUGUUGUGGUGGACCAGAACGACAACCGGCCCCUGUUCCAGCAGGACGUUUUCACGGGGCACGUGGUGGAGGGAGCCGUCCCAGGCACCUAUGUGCUGAAGGCAGAAGCCACAGACGCUGAUGACCCCGACACGGACAAUGCAGCCCUGCGAUACUCCAUCCUGGAGCAGGGCUCCGCCGGGCUCUUCAGCAUCAAUGAGACCACAGGCGAGAUCCGCACCGUGCAAGUGGGGCUGGACCGCGAGGUGGUGAGUGUGUAUAACCUGACUCUCCAAGUGGCCGACAUGUCGGGCGACGGCCUCACCACCACAGCCACAGCCGUGAUCUACGUGGACGACAUCAACGACAACCCGCCCGAGUUCACCAAGCCGGAGUUCUCCCUGGAGGUGCUGGAGAACACGAGUGGCGUGGACAUCGGCCGGCUCCUGGUGCACGACAAGGACCUGCCCGGCUCCCCCAACUGGCUGGCGCGAUUCACCAUCCUGGAGGGUGACCCGGACGGGGCCUUCGCCAUCCGCACCGACCCCCGGACCAACGACGGCGUCCUCUCCAUGGUGAAGGCCCUGGACCACGAGGGGCGGGACCACUUCACGCUCACCGUCUCCGUCCAGAACCAGAACCAGCUGCACCCAUCGGCCCCCCAGACCACCCGGGCCCUGGCCAUGGUGCAGGUGCAGGUUCAGGACGUGAACGAGGCACCUUUCUUCCCCGAGAACCCCCGGCUGGUCAGUGUGGAGGAGGGGGCACCGCCCGGCACCGAGCUCACCACCUUCAGCGCCAGCGACCCCGACACCCGCCAGCCUCAGGCCCUCAGUUACUCCCUGGCCUACGACCCGGCCGACUGGCUGCUGCUGGACCCGCGCUCCGGGAGGGUGCAGACCAAGCGGGCGCUGCCAGGCCGCUCGCCCUUCCUGCAGGGCAGCUGCUACACCGCUGUCAUCCUGGCCAGCGAUAAUGCUGACCCGCCGCGCACGGCCACUGGCACCUUGUCCAUCGAGAUCGUGGAAGUGAACGACCACGGGCCGGCCCUGCUGCCGCUGGCGGGCGUCGUGUGCAGCGAGCCCAGCAAGGGGCGGGGGCUGCUGCUGAGCGCCAUGGACGAGGACCUGCCGCCCCACGCUGAGCCCUUCCACUUCCACCUCAGCCCCGACGCCCCCCAGCUCGCCCACAACUGGAGCCUCAGCCAGCUGAACGCGACCCACGCGGUGCUGGCGGUGCUGGUGCCGGUGCCCACGGGGCUGCACUCCCUGCCGCUGCUGCUCAGCGACUCCGGGAAGCCCCGGCAGCAGCGGGCGCAGCUGCUGAACGUCUCCGUGUGCCCCUGCGACGAGGGGGGCAGCUGCCAGGCCAGCGCGGAGGCGGCCUCGACGGCUGGGGCGGGGCUCAGCUUCGGGGCCCUGAUGAUCAUCCUCAGCAGCAUCAUCCUGCUCCUGUCGCUGGCCCUGCUGGCGGCCGUCCGGGAACGCUGCCUCCGGCGCCCGCGGCACGAGGGGCUGCUGGGCAGCUCGCAGGACGACCUGCGCGACAACAUCCUCAACUACGACGAGCAGGGCGGGGGCGAGGAGGACCAGGGCGCCUACGACAUAAACCAGCUCCGCAAUCCCGACUUCUUCCCCCCAGCCUGCCCCCGGGGCAAGCAGCCAACCCGGAGAGACGCUCCCUACAGCUACGCCACCCCCCCCUAUCCACGGAAACUGCCCGCCAGCCCCUCUGACAUCGAAGACUUCAUCAACGAGGGGCUGGAAGCGGCCGACAGCGACCCCAACGUCCCCCCCUACGACACAGCUCUCAUCUACGACUGCGAGGGCUCUGGCUCCGUGGCCGGCUCGCUCAGCUCCAUCGUGUCCAGCCUGACGGAUGGCGACCAGGACUACGACUACCUCAGCGAGUGGGGGCCGCGCUUCCGCCGGCUGGCGGACCUAUACGGGCACUAGGGCCGGGGCAGGGAGGGGGACUCAGGGACCGGGAGUGGGAGAGCUCGCUCCUGAGCGGCAGGGAAUCCUGCGAGCAGGGUCCUGGGUCCUGCCCAGCGCCGGCAGAACCUGGGAGCAGCCACCUCUGCAGGAUGCGGCCAUAGCGCUGCUGAGCCCUGGACACCGGACACCUGAACAGCACCCGCCUUAGGAACAAGCUGCUUCUAACAGCAGCGCCAGCCCGGGGCCCAGGCAGCCCCCACAUGCCAGGGGCUAGGCUGGGCGAAGCCACUUCCUGCAGCUCAGCCCUGCCUCUGCCCACACACCCGCCCCAGGAGGGCACAGGGAUGUGAGAACUGCACGGAGACCCCCGCGCCCAGCUCGACCUGCAGUGAGUGCUGAGCCAGGCCGCAGGGGGAGGUUCCUGGCAGGCCGGCGUCCAAAGCCAGAGGCAGCGGGCACCAGCAACAGGGCAACGGGGAGAGCACCGCAGCCAGCCUUAACUUUAGCCUGGCUCUCAAGGGGCAGCCGGGAGCAGGUGCAGGAGAGGGGCAGGGCAGGGGGAGGAGAGGGGCAGGGCUGGCAGGGCAGGGGGGAGCAGGUACGUUAUUCAGGGAGGGUCAGGGCACUCUCGCAGCCGACAUGGAAGGGGCAGAAGCUAGCUGGGCGCCUGGCUCCCGGAGUAGCUGAGCUGGGAGAGGGCAGAGAACACAGUCCUCCAAGGCGGGGGCUCCUGCCGGGGGGUGGCCAGCGAGCUCAGUGCAGGACAAGGCUGGCAGGGAGCUGUGGAUCAGGAGUGAGGGGCAGGGCUGGCAGGGGCCCCGGAGCAGCUAAGGCCCAGGAAGCCUGGGGAAAGCCACUUCCUGCAGUGGCACCCAGCAGGGGGAUUGCCCAAGCGAGGCUGGGGGAGGGGCAAGGCACAGCUGGCCUAGCCCUGGCAGCACCACAGAGGCAGGAGGGAGCAGGGCAGCAGCCCUGCAGGGAGGGGGUGCCCAGCUGAGCCAGCCCCCCGGGCCCUGCCUGGCUGGGACCGCCCCAGGCUGGGACCCGCUGAGGUGGAGGGCUGUGCCAGGAGGCUCUGCCCCAGGGGGAGGUUCUUACCCAAGUGCCAGGUACGAAUCCCCCCGACACGCCCCAAUAAAGAGGCUUGG